AUGAACAGGUUCUCUUACGCUCUUGGAUACGAUGAUAAGAAGAGCCAAUCUUGUCGUAGCCACAAGUUCUUGAGGUUUAUCGAUAGUUACUACCAGUAUGAUCCCGAGAAGCAGUUUUUUUUGGGAAACACUUAUUGGUGUGCUGCUAAAAGGAACGAAGAUGUUGAAGAUGUCUUUGCCGAUUGCAUAAUCUGUUUCGAUUUUACAAGUGAGAGAUUUGGCCCGCUCUUGCCUCUGCCCUGUAGUGGUGGAUAUCAUGACUAUACGACUUUGUCUUGUGUUAGAGAAGAGAAGCUCGCGCUUUUACUUCAGCACGAUGAAUCAAAUCCAUAUGAGCUUGAUUUAUGGUUUACUACUAAGAUUGAGACUGAAGAGGUGCUGUGGAGCAAGUUCUUGAGAGUCGAAACUGCUGGAUUUGAUAGUUAUGUUCCACAUAUAUGUGGAGGCUUCUUCAUUGACGAGGAGAAGAAACUCGCCAUUGGUUUUGAUGAAGAUAAUCGCCACAGUGUUAUUGUCAUUGGAGAGGCUAAUUACUUGAAGGCAUUGGAUCUUGGGGGAGAUUUUGGCCACCAAUAUAGGCCAGAUAUGUGCUCUUAUGUUCCAAGUUUAGUGCAAAUCAAGCAACCUGCAGGAGGGGAAGGGAAACAACAUAGCGAUUUGGAAAAGAUUAGAUAUUAUGAAAACAUGUCGAGACUUGUCUCACGUGGACCGAAUCUAUUUUGA